AUGUUCUUACUGGACUUGUCACCACAUGGGAUCCAUCAUCUCUGGUCGGACGAGAGUAUUUCUACUCCAAUCAGCUCGUCACGAUACACUACCACCGCAAACAACAAUUCUGAAACCAAAAAACAAUACAACAAGUUGUUUGCACCACCGUUGUCUUCAUACACCGCUGCUUUUCCUGGACCAGACCCGUUCCAAUUGGAGCAGUUGCAAAUAUUACGAUCUGAUAAGCCACAGCCGUCUAUAGACGACCUAACUUUGUUGAUAAGAGUGAAGGAGGAGCGAUUGAUGAGGAUCAGAAAUACUGGGUAUUCAACAAUCAGACCAAUUGGAAUCGGACGAACGAUGGAGGAGAUAGAUUACGCUCAGAGAGGGUAUACUGCUAUUGAAGACAGUGCUAUAAAUAAUAACGUAGCUGCUGAGAAUUCCAAUGAGGAGGAAAUGAGCACAAUGCCGUUGAAUGUUGGCGAACAAGAAGAAGUUGAUCUUGAUGCUGAAAUAUUAGACGCAGAUGCACUUCAAUCCGAUGAAGAAGAAGAGGAGGAGGAGGAGGAGGAAGAUGAUGAUGAUGACGAGGAAGAUGGUGAUCAGAGUAUCCCGGCUCAACACUACAUCCCAAGAGAUCAAGGAUAUGUCUUAGACGACGAUGGAUUCAUGGCGGCCGAAGUCGAGUAUCAAGAUGACCAUAGCUUGAACUCGGAGUCAAGUACCCACAUUUUGAUGAGCAGUGCUAUUACUGCUAGCGUUUUGCCUACUCGUGCAACUGGUAACCAAACAUCAGCUACCAAUCCUACCACAGCUCCAUCUUUCCAAACUAUAGAGGAACAACAUUUUGAUGACGAGAAUGAGUACUCAGAACAGGACAUGGUUGUUGAUUAA